AUGCAUUUCUCAAGACCCGCUCUCCUGGCGGCAAUUGCUACUUCCGCUUCAGCAUUUCAGGCACCUAUGGGCACGUUUUCCGUCAACCAUUUCAUUCAGUCAGAUGCACUUGUCAUUGGCCGUAUGGAUCCUAUUGUUAGCCCAGGCGUAGCCUCUGGGCACGUCCACGCUGUCCAGGGUGGAAAUGGAUUUGCCCUCAACAUGACAACUCAGCAAGCAGUCAGCAGCUCAACGUGCACAACAGCCUAUUUAAAGGGAGACAAAAGCAAUUACUGGACUCCAGCAUUGUAUUUCCAAGACCCCACAACAAAGAAAUUAGAGGCAGUUGAAUUCGAUUACAUGAAUGUGUACUAUUUUUUUGACAAGAUGAGCGCUGACGAUAAAAUCAUCGCCUUCCCUCCUGGCCUCAGAAUUUUGGUCGGCGAUCCUAGCCUCAGAUCUCCCCCGGUUACACCAGAAUUGAUUACCGACUACUCAGACGGCGCUGUGAUCCAACCAGUCCAAUGGGGCUGCCCAAGAGUAGAUACAUCAACGCCACUCUAUGAGGCUGAUUCGGAUGGUCUUCAUGGGUAUGGUAUUGGAUCAAAGAUUAAUUUGGCUCAGGGUGUAGGGUUCCCGGACAAGAAUUGCGACGGGUUGUACUCUCCUAUGCUUGCGGAGAUCACAAUGCCAUCAUGUUGGAAUAGUGCGACUGAUCCCUCUAUGGUCACUGCGGACAACCCCCAAGGCUACAAAUACCUGGACACUUUCAAGAACAAGGGUACAACGACGUAUCCAACCAAGGGUGUCUGCCCCACGGGCUUUUCAAAAGUCCCCAGAAUGUUCUAUGAAGUCUACUGGCAGACGACCAAGUUCGCGAGCCGCUGGACACCGGGCCAAAAGAGCCAACCAUUCGUUCUCGCAAACGGUGAUCCAACUGGCUAUUCCCUUCACGCAGACUUCCUUGCUGGCUGGGACACGGAUGUUCUUCAAACCAUAAUCGACAAUUGCAACACCGGCGAUGCGGCCACCGACAAAUGCCCAGGAGUAAUAGCAAACCCCUCGGGAACCAGAUGCAAUGUAACCAACGCAAUCCCCGAAGAUCUCGGCACCACCACGCCAUUAGACCAACUACCAGGAAACAACCCCAUUCCAACCGCAUGGGGCAUUGCACCCUCAGGCGCAACACCAGCAGUUGCUGCCUCUAGCGGAGCAUCCAUGGCUACUUCUUCCAGCGCCGCAGCAAGUUCUUCCGUCUCCACGCCCACAUCUGCGCCCGUAGCAAGCAGCCUUGCAGAGGGAGUUGUCACAACGACCGCCUCAUCCACAUCCGCAGCCUUAAGCGGCAGCCCAUCCACCACCGGCUCGACCGUCGCAUCCGGCUGGUCCUACAGCGGCUGUUUCCAAGACGGAAAGACAGAGAGCAACCGAGUCCUCACCGGCAUCACAUUCGCAAACCUCGGCGCCGUCUCGAACACCAAGUGUGUAUCCUACUGCGCGCAAGCCGGCUACAGCAUGGCGGGCACUGAAUACGGCGGCCAAUGCUUCUGCGGGAACUCUCUUAGCACGGUCACCAAACUCGAUGAUAGUAGCUGCGCUACCGCUUGUGAGGGGGAUGGAAGCCAGACUUGUGGCGGGAGUUGGAGUUUGAGCGUGUAUUCGAACGCGGCGCCGAAAGCGAAGAGGGCCGAGGGGCACUUGAGGAGACAUUUGCAGCGAGUCAACAGUGUCUAG